AUGGCUGAAAACACGUCUGCCAGGACGGCGGUUGAAAAGGGGGAGAAAAGGACAUAUCAUAAAAGACAUUGUGGCAUACAUUUUCUCCCAGAUGGACAGAUUGUCAAUAACACUCAUAACAUGAAGAGUGACCCUUCACUUGGAGGUACAAGUGUGAACUCAGAGAGCAAUGACACUGGAAUCCUGUAUCUGAACCCUCAGACACCAAACUGGUCACUUGCUGAGAAGUUUGCUGAGCUUUCUCCAGGAGACAAAACUGGAAUCUGUGAUGACCAAGACCACACCACUGAAGCAUUGUCGCAGUGCACUCAAUAUCUCGACGACAAUAAAAUAAAUGGGCCUGGCGACGUGCAUUUAGAUGCUAAGCAAAACAAUUGCUCGAAAUACGUCAGGAGCAACCAAGUGCAAAAACAGAGAGCCUCCAAGCUAAAGGAGAUGAAUGUUGAGGAAUAUUCUCCAGGCGGAGGAGGGAAUAAGAUGAAAAAGAGGAAUGUGAAUAGUCUGUCUCUUAAGAAAUUACUUAAAAAGCACGACAAAGACAAGAUCCCUCGACUUCUGGUAGCGAUGAAAAAACGUGGCGAAGUCGACAUAGAGCACCGUCCCUUCAAAUGUUCCCACUGCCACUGGGCCUUCAAGAAGCUAUGCAACCUGCAGAGCCACCUACAAACACACACUGGCCUCAAGCCGCAUGUGUGUGAUAUAUGUGGCAAGGCCUAUUCCCAUCAGGGCACGCUGCAGCAGCACAAGCGUCUGCACACGGGUGAAAGACCAUAUCACUGCCCCUUCUGCGUCAAGACCUACAUUUGGUCCUCAGAUUACCGCAAGCACAUCCGCACACAUACCGGGGAGAAGCCCUACAUCUGUGACACUUGUGGCAAGGAUUUUAUUCGCUCCUCGGACCUGCGCAAGCAUGAGCGGAACAUGCACACCAACAACAAGCCCUUCCAGUGUACCCACUGUGACAAGACCUUCAAUAAACCCCUCUCUCUGAACCGUCAUGAGCGCAAGCACCUGGGCGAAAGGCCUUUCUCCUGCCCUGACUGCGGGAAGGCCUUUGCCCUGCCCAGCCGCAUGGCCGAGCACCGCAAGACCCACGCUGGAGUUCGUCCGUUUGUGUGCUCGGUUUGCUCCAAGUGCUUCACAAAGUCCUCCAAUCUGACAGAGCACGAGGCCAUCCACAGUGGCGCGCGGCCCUAUAAGUGCACAGAGUGUGGUGUUGCGUUUGCCAUGGCAUCCCGCCUCGUCCGUCACCAGUACGUGCACAAUAAAGAGAAACCCCUCAGCUGCACAGGCUGCAGCAAGAACUUCUGCCACCUUGAGACACUGAAGCUUCACCAGGAGCAAACGUGUGCUGGGAGAAUCUUUGUCUGUGUGGACUGUGACAAAUCUUUCCAGUGUGCGGCAAAGCUCAAACAGCAUAUGCUGAGCCACAGGGACAAGAGUGUGUGA